AUGCCGAAGGACCUGGAUACCAUUACCCGUGGCGACGUGGAGUUCCGCAGUACUUCUACAGGCAUAUUGUGUAUGCAAUGGUUCAACCAAUAUCCCCUUCCCGUGCUGUCUACAGUGCACACUUCUGAACUGGUCACAGAAAAGUCCCGGUUUGGUAUAGAGUGCACCAAACCCAGGGCGGUGUCUGGGUAUCAUGCAGCGGUGCGAGGAACACGUCAGCUAGCUCUGUCUUUCCCGGAAGUCCAGGAUUCUGUCGUGUGGUACAAGAAGGUGAUCUUCGACCUUCUCAACAUGGCAGUUGUGAACGCCUGCGUGCACAAAGCCGUCGGAGGGGGUCUGAUUCUCUUCGAGUUCAAGGGGGGGCUCAUCCGCCAGCUCAUCCCGAAGUCCGCCAGCACGAGGAUUAAAUUGUCCCGGAUGGUCUCCAAGGAGUUACGCCUUCAGGGAGCGACCACCCACAACCAGUAG